AUGAAGUUCUUGGCGGUAGUGCUUCUGGCGGCCCUUGCUUGGGCUUCUCCUGUCGAGAAGCGAGGGGCGGACGCCGACCCUAGCUUCCCCAUCUAUGGACGUGGUUAUGGCUACCCUAGCUAUUACCAAGGCUACGGCUACCCUUACAGUUACGGUCUCCACCAUGGUCUCGGCCUUCACAAGAGGUCCGCUGAUCCCGAACCUGAAGCCAAUGCAGAACCUUCUUACUUGUACAAUCACCACCGCCCCUACUCUGUAGGCCAUAGCUACGUUCGCCCUUACACCUACGGCCACUCCCACGUCCUCCACAAGAGGUCGGCCGAACCAGAAGCUGAAGCCUCCGUUGUUUACCCGCACACUUACUCCUACAGCCACGCCGCUCCUUUUGUCUCUUACGGCUAUCCCUACUCCUACGGCUAUGGCUACGGCAGGGGCUAUAGAUAUUAACUCUGAAGACACUUCGUCAUUUGCUGUCGUUAUCAGUAUGGAUCUACACUUCGUUCUUGGAUCACUUCAUGCCAGAAUGUAAUAUAUGCUUCCGGGUUUCUCACAUAUUCAAAUC